GCGCAUGCGUAGUAUGAUUAAAUAUAUAUCUUACAAUUACAAAGCCUGAAUUUUAGCAUUAUUUCAAUUGUUGUUGAAGUUUAACGAAAACAUAAUUUAUGCAGAUGAUGGGGGAUUUGGCAGGAGAUAACAAAGAUCAAGAAGUUAACGUCCUAGAUGAGUUGUUGGAGAAUGCAGAUGAUGAUGAUUUGACAGCAGAGUUAAAUGAUGAAGAGAGAAAUUCAGAGAGUAAGAAGCUGUGUACUUCUGCUAAACCUGUGAAACACACAAGAAAACCUCCAAGUAAAACUCCAUCAAAAGCUCCACCUAAGUCAACUACAGACUCGGGGUUACGCUCCAGGUCACAGAGAACAGCCCAGCCAGUUGUUAGAAAAGCUACUGUAAGUUCUCAGGCCACACAACAAACCAAGGUAACUGAGAAACAGUUGCCUACCACAUCUGUUGCCAAGACAACCAAACUUGCUUCCGUGCCCCUGCAGGUGGAUAAGACAAGGAGAACAGUGAGCAGAAAGCCAUCAGCUGGUACUCAGAAACAAGUACCAUCUUCACAGAAGCCAAAUAUAGCAUCCCAAGCCAAGAUUCCCAAACCUUCUGUAACUGGAGCUGCUAAAUCUACAACAAAAGUUCCACAAAAACAGAUUGCUCAACCAGUAAGAAAAGUAGUCUCUACAGUCAAGAAGUCACCCGUAGCAACAAAAACUUCUAUACCUGCAGCAAAGACUGUAAUUAAACCUUCCACAACAACUUCAAAGAAACCUGUUGUAAAGAACGUGGAGAAAAAGAUCACAGUUCCAGUGAAACAGGAGAUUAGAAUUGUGAAGGAAAAGGAAACAAAAAAUACUACUAAACCACAAGAGAAUGAAAAAACACUGUCUGUUAAAAUGAAGACACAAGCUGUUGUGGAGAAAAAAGUCAUUCCCAAACAAGAAGAGCCAGAAAUUGAUACAGAUAUUGACAAUCUGAAUGUGACUGUUAACUCUGAUGAACUGAAUGAAGAAAUGAAGGAUAGAGAGCAGUCUGCCGAUGUAAACAAUGAUGACGUCAACUCAGACAGUGAAGAUUCCAUGUCAGAAUGUUGCUCCUGUGAAGAUCAUGAUGAUGAGAACAGUAGUGCAAUGUCAUCAUCUGACUCAGAAUCAGGAUCAAAUUCUGGUUCAGGAUCAGAGUUUGAAGAAGAGGAAAAGAGAAGUGAUGUUGCAAAAGAAAAGAGAGCUAGGCCAAGGAAAAGGACCCAUUCUCCAAUUGUAUUUGAUGAAAAGGAAGAAAUCGGGGAACGGAGUCCCAAAAGAGAGAGAAUCUCCUCUUCAGUAAUUAAAAAAGAUUACAGCCAUUUGGUGAGGUACUUCUUUCGGGGAGCAAGGUUCUUCCUCAUUAAAAGCAAUAACAUUGAAAAUGUUGUGUUGUCAAAAGCCAAGGGUGUCUGGUCUACUCCACCACAGAAUGAAUCUAAACUGAACCAAGCCUUCAAGGAAUCAAAAAAUGUUCUCUUGAUUUUUUCCGUGAAAGGAAGUGGUAAGUUUCAAGGGUUUGCUCGACUGUCUGGAUCUUCAAGACAUGACGGUCCUUCUAUUCAGUGGGUCCUACCUCCUGGACUCAGUGCCAGAGCUCUUGGAGGAGUGUUCCAAGUUGAUUGGAUAUGCAGGCAUGAACUUCCUUUCACCAAGAGCCAACAUCUGUUCAACCCUUGGAAUGAAGGAAAGCAGGUGAAGAUAGGACGGGAUGGGCAGGAAAUAGAGCCCAGAGUUGGAGAAGAGUUGUGUCGCCUGUUUCCUGUUGAUGAACACAUCGAUCUUUUAGGUCCAUUGAGACGAAUGAAGCACACCAGGAUACACAGUUCUCGAACAUCAAGGGAUUCUUAUCACAAAGAUCAUCGUGACCGAAGAGAUCACUCUUCAUCAAGGAGAAGUUCACAUGAGCCCAUGAGGUUAGACUUAAUGCCAGUGUUAUGUUCAGGGAAUCCUGAACCAUGGGCUGAGAUCAGGACGUAUAACACAAAGCCACAGUGCCAUUGUUGUGAAAAAUCUUUUAUCUUCUCUUUUACAACAAGUUGGUCCUUUAGAGACCAGGUGGUCAGGUGACAAAAAAAAAAACGAUCAUAAUCAUUGAGCAAAAUGUUCUUUAGAACCAAACCAAGUUGUGUGGUUAUUAUUCCUACUUCUUUUUCUUUUUAUGUUCUUUAUAGACUACAACACCAAGUGACUUCUGGUUUUUUUUCUCAGAAUUUAUCUUUUUAAUAAUUAUUAGAGAUUUUUGUUGUUUUUUUCUAAUGAAAGGGUUUUGGGGAACAUGCAACUUACUUCAUAUUGUCAACAGAAAAGCAAAAGCAUGUGUUUAAGUUACAUUCUGUUACUCUUCCUAUCAGUGUGUUUCUGGUGUUAAGAAUUUAGUGUUGUGCGUCAAGCGGAUAUUUUGUAGUGAAACCAGCCUGAUACGUGUAAGGUAAAAAAAAAAUAAAUAGAGAGAACUCUCAGAGGACGUGUUUUCGGAGCCGUCACGUCAAUUGAACUAAGAUGUGGGAGGGAGGGCUUUCACUAUUCUUUAUGAGAAAUAUGAACCUUUGUGAUAUUUUAAGGGCCACUUUCUGUACCUAUCUUCUUCACAAACUGUUGUGUGUGUUAUUACAAAAAAAAAUCCUUACACAAAUGACUAUGAACUGUGUAAACAAGAUAAGUGAUUAUAAAUGUGAAGAGUGAGCCGCACUUUCAGCAUGACGUGGACUAGACUUAGGCUAAGUGCUGUGUAUGAUCAAAGGGUAGGUUCUGUUUUUAUUGUGCUGUAUUGAGCCAGUGAAGCCUCUCUCAGGUUCAAAACCCAUUGAACAUUUUCAGUGUUUGCUUUUAUGUGUGUAUGCAGUAUGUGGUAUCAAGAUUGGAAGAAUUAACAGACUUUGGAUACUUGACCUUCAUGGAUUUAGAUCCUUCUAAAAGUAGGUAAACAUUUUGUCUCUUCUGCUUUCUGUUAAAUAAGUAUUACUCAGUAUGAGGGAUUUAACACUAAGACUGUGCUGGGGUUAGUGGUACAGGGAAUUUCACAUUAUGGCUGCUCUGGGGUUUGUGUUAUAAGGAAUUUCACACUAAAGCUGUUUUGGUUCUAAUGUUACAGGAAACUUCACACUAUGGCUGUUUUGGGAUUAGUGCUACAGGGAAUUUCAUACUAAAGCUGUUUUGGGUCUAAUGUUUUAGGGAACUUCACACUAUGACUGCUUAGGGGUUAGUGCUAUGGGGAAUUUCACACUAAAACUGUUUUGGGUCUAAUGUUACAGGGAACUUCACACUAUGGCUGCUUUGGGGUUAGUGCUACAGGGAAUUUCACACUAAACCUAUUUUGGGUCUAAUAUUACAGGGAACUUCACACUAUGGCUGCUUUGGGGUUAGUGCUAUGGGGAAUUUCACACUAAAACUGUUUUGGGACUAGUGUUACAGAAAAUUUCACGCUAUGGCUGUUCUGGAGCUAGUGUUACUGAAACAUCAUUUUAAAAGUUCAGAAAGAUGAAAAAAUAGUUGAGAUAUUUAACAGGCUCUUGUUUUUUAUACUAACUGUCUG